UCCACCAGCGACGCCUGUCUGCAUCGUCGCGAACCGACGCCAGUGUGCUGCCCUGAUCUGCGCUCAUUCGCGGAACAUUCGUCUGGACUAGAACGGUCUCGCGUCACUCCCCACUUCGGCUCCUGCUGCUUGUGCUUGUUUUUUUUUACCUCGCUGCUGCACUUGCUAUCUUCAGCAGUUCUAGCCACUAUCACAGUUCAGACGUUACUUGGGCCACGCAACUGAUUUAUAGAUAAAAGCCACGUUCGGCGUUGCCGACCACCGCUUUCGCCACGCUAUAAACAGCCUCAUUUGCAUGGACUCAUGUCCUCGACGACUAUUUCAUCUCGCCCUCGAAGGCGAUCUUUGUGGGCCGCACCGUCCUCUCUCUCAACCCCCUCUCUUGCUCUAGAGGACAACAAACCUUCGCGCACUUCGCGCCGCUUUUCUACCUUACGAGAACCCCUCCAGAGGCCGUCCUCUUCCUCGUCGCGCAGUUCCAUCUACGACAGCAAUUCACGUUCCCGAUCAUUUUCCCGAGGCUCGAGAUUAUUGGAGGAUACAGUCACAUCCGAGUCUGACAAGAGGAUGUCGUUUAUUGAUUUCGGGGAGCGUUCCCCAGGUGGAUUUCUUGGGUCGUUGAAGGAGCGAAUGAACAGGAAGAAAUCCGCGCCAUUGCUCAGGAAUUCACUGCUAGUCCCAACCCCGCCUUCCGACGAAGAUUCCUGGAUGUUCAGGUCCACGCCACCUCGCAAAGCUAGUCGCCGGUCGCGACUCAGUACGGUCAUGGACGACACGGUAAAAGCGAUAGACGUGGACGUGCAUCCCGCGCUCAGUUUCAGGGAGGAGCGAAAGCUUACUGUUAUGCCGGAAGAGAUUGUGGAUGGUACGGGUUAUGGGAUUCGUGAAGCACGAAAGGCUUCCGUAACAGAGUCGGAACUCGGGGAAGGCGUGGACCUUUCAACAGCCGCAUACCUACCCUUGCCUUUGAGGAGCAAGGACUGCAUGUUCUUACAUUCAUAUCCACACUCAGAGGCCCCAUACAUGCAGAACUACAACAAGGUCGCAUUGUAUAAUGAUUUAUACUUCCAUCUUCUUCUCCGUCGUCUCAACCCCACAGGGUCACCUAGUUUCCGUGAUUACCCGUAUCCCCCACAGGACGUUCUUGACCUUGGUUGUGGUCAAGGUACUUGGGCGCAAGAGGCUGCGGCCGCCUGGGCAGAGUCCGGUACCCGGAUCGUGGGAUAUGAUCUCGUUGAUCUCGUCAGCGACAUUGCAAGACCACCUCCAAACACGACUUGGAGAAGGGGCAACUUUGUUGCAUACCGCUUACCAUUCAAAUCUGGGAGUUUCAAUCUCGUACGGCUAUCCAAUCUGACCGAGGCUGUACCUCAAAGCCGAUGGGAACAUGUGCUCAUUGAAGUACGACGAGUAUUAAGGCCAAACGGUCGAGUGGAGAUCAUCGACGAUGAAAUGAUAUUUCCUUACCUCGAACGGGUUCCCAAACCUUCUGAUAGUCGAAUGACGUCUGACAGCGGUUCGCACAAGUCUCAUGCUAGUUGGGGUUCUGACCUAUGGAAACCGUCCGACGAGACAGACGAGGCUCGACCGUCUGAAGCAGAAGAGUCUUCUUUCCUUGACCUCGAUGCGGUAGGGGAUCGAAGCAGCGUGGGCUCGGCCCCAGGCUUGUGUCGAGAUGAUUCACCAUCUGAAGAAAGCUCCGAUUGUCCUCCAACUCCAACAGGAGUCGUUAGUGUCCACGGUCUCGAGACAUCACUCGAUUCUGAUGACCCUACGACUCCACGCAGUAAUCCAGUAACUCCCAAUUCACUCUGCAGAGAGGUCGAGUCAAUUUACCAUACGAUGGUGGAAGGAGUAUACCGAGUGGAUUGUCGGCCAGGCGACUUCCUUGAAUUCUUGCUUCGGAAAAUCUUUGGACCAUCCGGAAAAGCGAGAACGAUGCAGGACUUUCAGCUCUCACUUCUAGACUCGUCAAUGCAUGACCUCCUCGUCAAAACGAGGCAUGUAGAUUCCAUGCAAGACAGACGAUCAAAGAAGCUCUUCAAAUCAGAUCGUGAUGGCAAGAGGUUUGAUAGAAACAAGGAGAUUUUGGACAGGGUUGCAGUGUCGCAGAGCAAAAGCAAAGCACUACGUGUGCUUGGUGCUGAUGGGCCAACCACACCGACAUACGAUCCAGUCAGCACGAAUGUCUCUGACGAAGGGGACUUCGACGAUGAACCGUCCGUCGUACGGCGACCGUCAAUGCGCCCACGAGCGCCUUCUGGAAUUCAAGUUUACGCUUUCCCUAACUCUUCCCCUCGACCUUCAAGCUCAUCCUCUGCGAUAUCAGAAGCAAAGAGUCGUCAAUGGCCGACCGGGUUAUUCAUUUUCCCGGAUCAAUUCCUGGAGACGACUCCAUCGGAAUUAGAGCGAUAUUUGUUCAAACACAUCGAUGUAUUGCUCAGCUCCAAAGCCGCUCUGGACGACUUCGUUCUAAAUCUCCGCGACGAAAACGGCAAUAGCAUCAUCGAAGAAGACGAGUGGUAUGAUAUUCUCUGGGAAUACGAGCGCUCACGCCGGGAGCGGUUUAACUUACCCGAUGCCGGAGGUCAAUUCGAUGAUGGAGAUGACGAGGAAUGUGAUGUGUCAACUCUAUUGAAGGAACCUCCACGGCAUCCUCGCACGAUCAUACCGGCUGUGGCGGCGGUUAUCAACAAUCAAAGUCGUUUGCACAAGAAGGCAUCCGAGAACCCCACGCUCGUGCGACGGAUUCGAGUCUUUGAAGCUUACAAGAUCAAACCAUCACUCCCAGCCUAACGUAUCUUUAUACUUAUACGCUCUUUUUUCAAAUGUCUUUUUUGGGAUUUCACACAUUCUAUCUCAAUUCAGAUUUCUCAUAAUUUCUUAAAAUCAUCUGAUCAUCACUCAUUCUUAUUAUUAUCUUGCAUACCUUUCUUUGUGGCACUUACAAUCCUUUUGUACGGACUUCACUGUUUCGGAUGUGGUUGGUUUUGUUUUCUGUAUUUGUAUCCUUUGGAUUACUCAUUGGUUUACAGUAUUGUUGGAUUGUUUGGAUGUGGAAGGUGUAACUUGUUGAUUGUAACUCUUUGCUGCUUCUGCUGUCUUCAUCGUUGCUUUCAUACUGUUUUCACAAAUGUAAC